AUGCUUGCCCCACUCUCCACGGAGAUGGCACUACAACCCUUACGCUUUUGGAGGGCCUUCAUCGCACUCAACUUCCUAAAAUACCUUACAGGUCUACAUGAGGAUCGUCUUGCAAGGUGCGCUCUGGUGGACUCCAUGACACUUGCCCUCGACAAUCGUGCGUCAUGGUACGGUGACCUGCAAACCGUGCUCACGAGGCUCAACGCACCGAUGGAGGCUCCAGAUGCAUGGGCUUACCUACCUCAGGAUGUAGAAAAAGCUGUGGCCACACUGAAUACUGCCAUGCUAGCUGAACUACAAGGUGCGAUAAAUAACUCCCCGAAACUAUAUCUAUUACAUGGCCUGAGAGAGAGGGGAGAUGGUCUAAAAGUACUGGAUUUCCGACACUAUUUGCAUGUACCAAACGCGGCCCACCGCAGGGCGAUUACCCAGAUCCUGCUCUCGUCACACUCCCUGGCCCUGGAGCGUCUCCGAUGGACCGAACAUCGCCGCCCUAGGAUCCCCAGAGAGGACAGAAAAUGCCGCAUAUGUAAGGAGGCUAUUGAAUCUCCGGAACAUGCAUUAUUGGAGUGUCAGGCAGACGAGAACUUGACUACCUUGCGCAACACAUUCAUUGCCAAGUUCUACCAAGAGUGCCCCACAGUGGUCCGCCCCGGACAGGGCUCGAGUGCACACCUGCUUCAAGCUAUGAUACACGAGGAAAUCUCUAUCAAACUGGUAGCCAAGUUCACCUUUGAAGUCCUAUCAAUCUUCGAGGGUCUACCUAUUGAGGGCCUCCUGCCCGGUGAUUCCUGUAUCGUGAGGGCGGUCUUAAACGCGAUGCGGCUUGAUAGAUACAAGGGCACAGGGCCCGGGACGGUACACAGUAAGGCUUGCCCGUGUACUGAUAAUCCCGGAAAACCGGUGUUCAGCGAGUGGACCAUGCCGGUAUACUACUACUACUACUACUACUACGAAACAAUUCUAUAUGAUUUUAUGAUUCGCCUGUAA